AUGUCGCAACCCGGCACAUGCUCGCAUGACCAUGACUGUAGCGAUCAUGACUGUGGAGCUGGCUUCUCGCUUUAUAAGAACGUCGACCUUCCUAAGGUUCGAGCGCUAAACGAGGCAGUGGAGGGGAGUGCAGAGGGUGUGUUUCGCAGCUGGGAAGAUCGCAUGACCUUUCCAAGUCAACCUCUGGACAGUAACGAGGAUGACCCAGAGCUCAUACUCUUCAUUCCAUUCACAACCGAUGUGAAAAUCAAGAGCAUCGCGAUUAUUGGGGGAGCAGAUGGAACCAGCCCUGCCAAGAUGCGAGCCUUUACGAAUCGUGAGGACAUUGAUUUCUCUGUGGUUAAUGAUCUGACUGCAGUGCAGGAAUGGGAUUUAACAGAGAAUCUUCAAGGCGAGCUUGAGUACACCACCAAAUUCUCAAAGUUUCAGGGCGUGUCCUCUCUCACCCUCCAUUUUCCCUCGAAUUUUGGGGGUGAUUUCUCUCGGAUCCACUUUGUGGGACUCAAAGGAGAGGCCACUCAGAACAAUCGGAGAGCGGUGGCUGCAGUUGUGUACGAAGCACAGGCCAACCCCAGCGACCAUGAGGUUCCGGCGGACAUGGGAGUCCCGAAGUCCUUUGAUGCAUCCUCCAUCGGAGUCUGUUGGGGAAGAGUAGCAUGGCAGCCGUUACCACCGCGAAUCGUUGUGAAACUUCUUCAGGACAACAAAAUAUCCAAAGUGAAACUUUUCAAUGCUGACCCGCAAGUCAUGAAGGCCCUCGUUGGGUCCAAGCUGGAGGUGACGGUGAUGGUAGCCAAUGAACUGCUGAACGACAUGGCCAUGAGUCCCAAGAAGGCUCAGGACUGGGUUGACUAUAACGUCAAGAGAUACGCGUUCCCAGGAGGCGCCGAUAUAAGCGCUUUCAAGGAUUGGCUUUCCAGAUCUGCAAAUUAUCAUUGGCGAGAUUGGGUGGCCUUCUGA